CACCCACAAAACAGCAGUUCCCCUUAGUCCAAUUCCCUCAAAACCUGACCCUCUCUUUUCCCGAAGAAAGCAGGAAAAAAAACACCUAGCACUACUCACCCGACCCAGCCCAAACUAACCGCUGCUAAUAGCUCCCCCUUUAAGAGCAUUUUAGACUCACGCACCGGCUACAAAUGAGGUACUAGCCUUACCCUCGGCCCGCACCGCUAGGCGAGGCUGGAUGGAAGGGGGAUGGACCCACUCCCAUCUGCUGUGCCUUCGCUCCCGAGCCAGCAGCUGCAAGUCAACUUUUUGGGACUAUAUGCUUGCUGGACGCGGCGGUUGGACUGUGCGGUCGUGGUCCGAGGAAGGGGGGUCAGACGAUGCUUUGUUCGUAUUUGAAAUUUUUUUCCUUCUCUCCUUUUUCUCUGAGGUCUUUCUCUUUCUCUGGGGGUGAUGAGGGGG